AUGACUGCUCAAAGCAAAAAAUUCGCCAAAAGCAAAACCUCAGCUGCCGACACUGCAGCUCUCCAAGCUGCCACCGGGCCACCGCCUAAUUGUCCUCCCGAUGUAGAGCAACUUGGGCGGGCUUCCUGGACACUUCUUCACUCCAUAACGGCGACCUAUCCCGAAACUCCUACGCCGAAUGAGCAGAAUGAUGUGAAGCAAUUUAUGAGAUUGUUUGGGAAACUGUAUCCUUGUUGGGUAUGCGCGGAGGAUUUCCAAUCAUACAUGGAAAGAAACAAGGUUAGGGCGGAGACAAGGGAUCGAUUUGGACGGUGGAUGUGCGAAGCGCACAAUGAAGUUAACAGGAAACUUGGGAAGAACGAAUUCGACUGUAAUAAGUGGGAGGAGAGGUGGCGGACUGGUUGGAAGGAUGGGAGCUGCGAUUAG